AUGGCCAAGAUGUGGAGACUGUAUGAGAUGGGUCUUUUGUCCCUUCUUAUUAUGUCCAUCUUGAUCCCUGAAAUGACAUGUAUCAGGAAGAGCAGUAGCAACAAGAAGACAUCCUCAACAAGCAGUAAAGUUACCCUAACCCAGGAAGAGGCAACACCAAUCCAGGAGGAUAUCCACAACAAAAUCCAGCGAGGUACCCAGGAGCUGGAAGCAACCCAAACCAAAAUCCUGGUGGUUAUCCAGCAGGUGGCAAUCCAGCAGGUGGUUAUCCAGCAGGUGGCAAUCCAGCAGGUGGUUAUCCAGCAGCAGGUGGAUACCCUGCCGGAGGAGGUUAUCCUAAUCAAUACCCAGGUAGAGGGAAUUACCCAAAUCAAAACCCCCCCGCUGGAGGCUAUCCAGCUGGAGGAGGUUAUCCAAACCAAAAUCCUGGAAGGAAUUACCCUAACCAAUAUCCAGGGGCAGGGGGAUACCCAGCUGCAGGUGGAUAUCCUAACCAAUAUCCAGGUGGGUACCCCGGAGGUGGCUACCCAGUCAGAGGGGGAAAUACAGGACAGGGUUGGGGUGUGCCUGGGGGAAAUCCAGGGGGCUACCCCGGUGGAGCAGGAGGCGGUUACCCCAACUGGAACCCAAACAAUAAGAUCCUCAGUCCCAGGUUUGGAGGAGGAGGCUAUGGCUACGCCCAAGUCCACAAAUUUUGCUAAAAAAGCCAUGUUGGCCGCUGGUGUCGGGGCUGUUGCCGGAAUGGCCGUUGGAUAUGGACUGGGACGUUUCCCUCGACCCCAUUUUAAUUUCCGCAACCCUGAAGAAGAACAAUAUUACAACAAUUACAUGUACCGUCGUUACGGAACCCAGUCAACUGAUCAGAAAGACUAUGGCCGCGAUUAUGUCUACAAGCCUCCUCCCAGGGCGGAGUCUUACGAAAGCUUCAUGAGUCGCUGCAUGAAUAGCAGCGAGCCUCUUAAAGAGAAAGGCAGCAGCCCCUCCCCUUCCAACACUGGAGCAAAUGAGGAUGAUGACACCGUCAGUAUUGAGGAAAUCGGCUAUCCAGCCCUAAUUGAGCAGGUGAAGUCCCGGCGCUGUGUGGAGCAGUACAUGAUCUACUCUGAGCGCUUUCUGCAGGAACGGAAAUUUGAGCAACAAAUUCAGCACAGCCACGGCAGUCCUCUGAAUUAUGGGGUGAUGCAACUCCUCACUUCCUGCCUCAUGCUGUUGUCCAGCAUGCUCCUGCUCCAGUGA